AUGGCGUGGCGUGCCCUCCGCCAGCUGUGCCCGGAGUACGUGCCCAAAGGGGGGCAGCGCGGCGUGACGCACUUGGCCUUGGAAAAUCCCACGCUGGAAGCAGGUCGCAGGGCAUUUGACCUGGGUCCUUUCGCAUGUCACCGCGUGCCAGAGGGUGCGGAGCCUAUGCGCCUGGACCGCUGGCUCUUGAAGAAUGUUUGUUCCAACUGGGAUGCGCGACAGAAACUGAUUGCCUCGAAACAGGUUUGGGUCAUGAGUUCCAACGCUACAGCGGAGCAGCAUCGCAGCAGCGUGCAGAUCCCGCGCUUUCGCCCUGAAUGCCAGGGGAAAACCCAGGUGAAGUCACAGGACUUCAUCUAUUUCCCCAAGACCAUGAGCCCAGUGCCCAAGCGCCGUUUGCCCAGCCUGAAGUCGUCCUCGUCAGCAACUGCACCUGAUUGGCUGCUGCGGCGAGUGGUGUACAAAGAUACCGACUUUCUUGCCAUCGACAAGCCCAUGGGUUGGACGGUGAAUCCUGGGAAGCAUGUGGGCGACCAGCAUCUGCAAAGACUCUUGCCGAGCCUUCAGUUCGGCAUGGAGGAGCCCCCAAAGUUUGUGCACCGCCUGAGUACUGAGAUAACGGGCGUGCUGCUCCUGGCAAGGCACAAAGCUGCAGCAGCUUAUGCCAAGGACAUGAUUACCCAGCGCGCCUUCUGGCAACGGGACUUCUGGGCUUUGGUCUGCGGGCGCACUCCGAAGUCUGGUUCAGUGUCCAUGCCGCUCUCUCAGGAGCGACAUGGCACGAGGAACGUGGCGAAACCGUUGCGGGAAGACGAUGGUGGCCUCCCAGCCUUUACCGAGUACAGCAGCGUGCGUUUUUCGGCGCUAUGUGGUGGCCUAACGCUCUUGUCCAUGAACCCAUACAGUGGACGCCAUGAUCAGACCCGUGCGCACUGCGCCUUUGGUCUGCGUGCACCCAUUGUGGGCGAUCCUGUCUACUACGAGCUCUCGAACCGUUUGUCCGAGGAGACCGACUUCAAAGUAAGGCGGCAUGUCAUGGCUUUCAUGUGA